AUGUACCACAACGUCUGGUCAUCAGGUGAUGCGUCCAGUUUACCCACCUCAAAGACUGCCGCAGCAAUCACAUCGCAGGCUCCAAUCUUGGUCAACAAUCUGUUGCGGUCGCUGGAUGGAAAGGAACCUGAACCAAAAUACGAUGGCUACACCUCAUGCCCGCUCACAACCGAGUAUGGCAAGGUCUUGCUUGCAGAAUUCAAGUAUGGUGGAGUUCCCAAGGAAACUUUUGGAGAUUUGAUCGGGUUCGAUCAGGCAGUUCCCCGUCGUGCGUUCUAUCAUUUGAAAAGGGACUUCUUCCCGUGGGUAUACUACAACUCCAUGGUGAAGGGUACUUGGGGUGGCCCUAAUGGCUGGAUGAACUAG